AUGUCGGAUUUGAAUAAAAAGUUAAAAUUAUCACUUGCUAUCGUCAAGUCUGAAGAAGGCCUCGGUAUCGAGUAUGAUGAAAAUGUCAUCUGUGAUGUUUGCCGAUCUCCCGAUUCGGAAGAUGGCAAUGAGAUGGUAUUUUGUGACUCAUGCAACAUUUGCGUGCAUCAGGCCUGCUACGGUAUCACCGUUAUUCCAGACGGUCAAUGGCUUUGUAGGCCGUGCGGAGACGGUGUUAGGCCUAGCUGUGUGCUGUGUCCCAACCUUGGCGGUGCCAUGAAAUGCACGCCAUCGGGUCACAAGUGGGCACACGUGAGCUGUGUGUUAUGGAUACCCGAGGUCUCCAUCGGCUGCGCGGAGAUUAUGGAACCUAUUACUAAGAUAUCUUCCAUUCCAGCCUCCCGCUGGUCUCUCGUUUGUGUUUUGUGUCGUAAUCGCAAAGGAGCUUGUAUUCAGUGUUCCGUAAAGACUUGUAAAACGGCAUACCAUGUUACUUGUGCAUUCAAACAUGGUUUAGAAAUGCGAGCUAUUAUUGAGGACGAAAACGCGGAUGAUGGUGUAAAAUUACGUUCCUAUUGCCAAAAGCAUAGUGUUAAUUCAAAGAAAGAAAAGUGCCCAGGUUCAGGUCAGGAGGAGGAGGAUGAGUUGAAACGAAAGCGUAGGAAAGAUAUGACGUCGGAGGAAAAGACGCAAGCUCGAGCCGCUCGCUUGCAUGAGAUUGAGAGGGAGUUCGAUAAGCACGUCAGUGUUAAGGAUAUUAGUACACAUCUCCUGGACGUCGAUCAGGACGCCAUCAAUUACAUUUACAACUAUUGGAAGUUGAAAAGACGAGCAGGGCACAAUCGUCCCUUGCUGCCACCAAAAUCAGACGACACCGAGGUGUUAACGCACCGACAGGAACAAGCCGACAUUGACAAGCUCAAGAUGUUCGUGCAGCUCAGACAAGAUCUGGAGAGGGUCCGUAAUCUAUGCUAUAUGGUGAGCAGAAGGGAGAAGCUCUCCCGCUCAUUCUUUCGGAUGAGAGAGCAAACAUUUCACAAACAAGUGGCUGUGUUGUCAGAGGCCGGCGAUAUUCCUGAACAGGAAUUAUCUGCAAUCAUUGAGGCUAAUCACGGACCGUCAAUCUAUGACAAAUUAUAUUCUCAUGAUAACGCCAAGGAUCAUAAGAAUGAUUUUGAUCAAGUAUUGGCCCGAAUCGCACCGGCAGAAUCUGGUGACGAGAAGAAGAAGGAUCGUAAUGGACUAGUAAAAGGUUCGAAGUCUUCAAAUCCGUACAAGAAACAUUACGUAAACGGGUCACGACGCAGUGGCAGUAUGUACAGCGGGCUCUCAAGUGAGGAGAGUGGGACAGAAAUGGCGCGACCUGGUAGGUUCCGAGGCAAAGCUAUCGGGUCUAGCACAGAUGAUGAAGGCAAAAGAGCUGGAGCCUCGCCAAAGAAAAAGGUGUCUCCUAAAAUUAAAGGUAAAAGAUCUCCUAAGAAAACUGAAAGGAAGAAAAAGAAGGUUCCACAAUCUAAAGCUCUCAUUGAGAGUAGCAGUGAUGAAUCUAUGAAUUCCAGAAUAAAGAAGGAUCGAUCUCGCAGCAAGACGUUGCAACAAAUGGAAAAGGAGAUGACUGCUGGAAAGAUGGGUCAGUCCGGCACAGACAGCGACGAUCUCAUGCCGAUUAGACCGACCAUGAGGAACAAUAAGUUCCCUAUUGACAUAUACUCCGAUAGUAGUGAAGACAACAAAGCCGAUAUUAUGACAGAUCAAGUUAAAACAGAGAAAAUUAGAUCUGAUAAAGAAAAACCGGAUAAACUUAAAGUUGAAAAGUCACCUAGUGGAAAUGAUUCACAGCAAUCCUUACCGAGAACAAAGGCGGCUAUGAAAGAAUUCAUACCUACUCAACCUGAAAAGAAACCUACUACUAAUCCUGCUCCAGAAGAAAAUAAACCGGUACAGAAAAAGAGGGGCAGGAAACCUUCUAACAAAGACAAAAAGGUGCCACCUACCAAAAUAGAAUCCGAUGAUGAAGCUAAAAAUAAAGAAAAUAUUAAAUUUUCUAAACAAAAAGACCAUCCAACGGAUCUUAUUGUUCCCCAAAGGCAAGCAGCAAAGAAAGCCUCAGAAAACAUGCGGACGUCAACCACAGUGGUGAAGAAAGAUGAACAGGUUCCUGAACAACGAGACCAAAAGCAAUCGAGCGGUGACGAUUUGAAACCGAAACCUUUAGUCAAGCCCUCGAAGAAUAAAGGAAAAGAAAUUAAGGAUGCACAGUCUUCUUCUAAAGUUAGAAAGAAGUCUAAGGAGGUCGAGAAGGAACCAAUUUCAUACGUGCCGCAAAGACAAGCCGCUAAGAAGGCAGCUGCACAUAUUAAGAGUGGUUUGGGUACCAAAGUGCCUCCCACAGAGAAUGAUACUGACAAAAAGAAAGAUGACAAAUCGGAAAUCAAGUCACCCAAAAAAGAAAAAGAUGACACUAAAAGUUCCAAACCCACUCAGAAGGAAAGUUCUAGUUCUUCUUCCAAUUCAAGCAGUAGCAGUUAUUCGUCCUCAUCUAGUUCUGAGGAUGAACCAGAAAAACCCAGUAUUAAACCGACAGCCAAAGCGCGCGAGAUUAAACCGGCCAAUACGACACGGCAGCCGUCAAUGUUCUCGCCACCCGGCACUAGACCUACAGUGGACUUGCCCUUUCUCGACAGGGUGUCAAGACCGCUGUCUUCGACUAGUGCCUCGAGUGAUUCUGACAGCUCUAAGGCGUCAGACGGGUCCCGAUCUGGAAGCCCAUAUCCUAAGAGGCCAAGGCGAAGGCGUAAAGUUAAAAGUGUGUCCAAUGAUGCGUCCCCACGCAAGGCGCCGCCAGAUAAGAAGCUUAAAACUUCCGAACGGCGGUCCGAGUGUAGGGUACCAUCACCGACUCCUGAAGGAGAGGAACUUAGCCGACCCAGUGAUGCGCGCUCUGCCACACGUGCUCGGACCAGAAGCACUACUUCAGUCGGAAAUAUGCCUAAUAAGUCUGAUGCCCGAUCUAGAAAACCAUCCAAAGACGACACCCUUACCGCUGGACCCAAUAAAACCCCCAAAGAGAGUAGCCAGUCCAGUGAACUUCCAACUGAGGAACGGAAAGAGGACGAGGCGGUAAAAAUCAAGGAAGAUGUAAACGAGGAUAUAAAGGAAGUGCAUACUGUUGAUGUUCCUAAAAAUAACGUUAAGAGUAAGACUAACAAACUCAAACGACGUAGCGAAUCUAAUGAUGAUAAAGACAAAAUCAAUAAGACUAUUGAAGUUGAAGUUCCACCACUGCAUAAAGUAAGCCCGAAAAAGAGUGCCGAGCCUAAACAAAAGUCGUCCAUAAGCAGACGAAUGAGUGUCAAAGAAACUGCGUCAAAAGAUCGGGUACCAAGCAAUGAUUUACGAGAACCAGCUAAGAAAGAUCGAAGGCCCAGUGUAGCUCAUAACAUUGCUGAGUCAGAGCGGACCUCAGGGUCACCUAAAAAGAAGACUAGCCAAUCGAAAAUUGAAAUAGAGUUACUGCCGAUUGAUAGUAAAAAUCCUCUACACCUUAAUACUGACUAUGGCAAUGACGAUAAACAUUGGCUUCCCAAGGCUCCGAGUCCGAAUGCCAUUCCACCACAGGUAGAAAAGCCUGGAGGAAAUGAAAAGUACAUUGAUGACAAAUCUAUGGAUUCUGAUUUUGCCGAUAAGAGUAGCGUCAAAAUGAUAGCUAAAAUUCAAGCUAAUCUUAAUGAAAAUACUAUGAUCAAGUCACCUAAGACGCCGAUGGACGCGAGAACAAUAAGUAUUGAACACAUUGAUACAGUUGAAAGCGUCGCACGGAACAUGAGAAAACAUUCAGCUGAAAAGAAGUUCAUCACGCAAGAUACCAGCCACGUGCAAGGUGUUGAAAUAUCUAAGAGCGCUAAGAUACCUUCCACUGCGAACCCCUAUCCUAAUAGGUCCAUGUUCUCGCCGCAAUCAAAAGAGAGUGAAUUCUUAGAUUUUGGUAUGAUGGCUGUCGAUGAUGGAUUUAACCAUGACGAUAUUAUAAAACCGUUUGCAACUUAUCCUGAAUUCUUUUUCAAAGAAGAUUCCAAGCAAGGAGUGCAGGAAACUCUUAACUUGGUGGAUCGUCUUAGAAUUAGACUGAGCACGAAGAAAGUGCCGCCUGAGAACCCUGAUCAAGAGGAGCCUAUAGUGGUCACUGAAGAAAAUGAGCAUAAAGAUAACGAUAUCGCUUGCAAUCUGGUAAAGGCCGAUGACGAGAAGAAUAGUUCGCCUUCUAAGAAACUUAUUGCUGAAAGACCAGUGGAACAUUCGCCACCCAAAGAAUUGACACAUCACAAUGUUAACCAUGUCUCCUCACGUAUUUCUUCAUCUAUUGAAAGAGAUUUACCUUCGGGAGAUGCUGCUAUGGAUGCUAAAGAAUUCCAACCUAUUGCCAUGACAAGCAACGAAAAAUGGUCUAGCGUGCCACUAUCUGUCUCACAAUUAGACUCACAAGACAGCCAGUCUGCCAAUGAUCGCAAAUAUGACAAUUCUAACUCAUACGAUGACACCAAGGAGCCUAUAAACAUGCAGUCCGAUGUACAGUCUGUUACAGAAGAAACAGCUGACAAUAUGUCAGUAUCUAAACAAAGCGAUGAUUCGCAACCUUUAUCUGUCGUUGACCAUUCUGUGCAUAGCAACGACGUGGAGCUACCUCACGAUAAUCAGAACUAUGACAAUAAUGAGAUGAUACACUCGGACUGUGCUACUAUAUCAUCGCCGCAGUAUGUGAGCCAAGAGAAAUGGCGUGAAAGCAAGAUAACUACGAGACGAUCGUCGGCCUCUAGCACUAAUUCCGAAGCUUCUAUACACUCUCAUAAAAACGCUUUGAAGUCACGUUUGACCGUAAGUGAUCUACGUUCAGGUAAUGUAAUUCCUGAAAUAGAUACGUAUCCACCUAUCCCGGCGUACUCGCGGCCUGUCGAGCCUUCAAUGCCACUGAAUCAGUACACGACGUAUCCUGCUGAAGCCUCACCGUUCCUAAGUUCUUUGCCUCUGUUUGCCGGCACAUCGGCGCUGCCCCUACCGUCUCCCGGGCCCGGCCUCUACAGUGCCAUUCCAUACACGUCCACGCCACCGUUACCUCUCAAACCGGCCUUCUACAGUGCUGCCUUCACAUCUUCCUCACAGAAUAUUGCACUGACUACAGCUAUGAUUGCUCCACCGACACCAAAGCCGUUAGACUCACCGCGAGACGACAUCGAUGUGACUGGAAGUGAUAAGUUUAUACACGUUGUAUCCAGUCCAAGUAUUAGCGUUGAUUCCUAUGAUACUAAUAGCACUAGAACAGGAACUAAGAUGUCAAAUGACAACAGCAACGAAACCAUGACAACUCUCAUUCCACCGGAUUCCAGAUCCCCACCAAAACUAAGCAAAGUUACUAAGUUUCCGAGCAAGUCACCGGGGAAAAGCCCUGGUAUAUCGCCUAAACAGAGUGAUGUACCAAAAGGUACCAAGCGUCCCAGCAACCGCAGCAACAGAAGCCAAAGAGGGCGUGGGCGCUCUAAGAGUCGGGGGCAAGGAUUCCCCGUUGACUACAUGGGCAACUCAAUUCAAAGCAAAUUGGUUGGCACAGUUUACGACUUUGAUGAAGAAAUCGCCAACGAUGGCGUUGAUCUAAAAGCGCUUCGCGAUAAACGAAAAUCUAUUGAUCUUCGAGACGAUAGAAAAUCUGAACAUUCAUAUAAGGACACAUCACAAUCACCUCGCGUCUUAACUCCUCCGCCAAGUAAAAAACCUCCGACGUCUGAUAGUAAACCGCCUCAUUCUCCUGAGCCUGUAGAUGCCAACUCGUCUCCCACGUGCUCUGAGCGCGGGGCAGGGUUCUCACAAGUAGCGCCGGUCUUGCCCGGGCCUGUUGAUAUGCGCACGUAUCAACCUUUUGAAAAUCCUGCGCCUGCGACAGAAAACGCGUACCACUUGUUGGCAUUUGCCAGCGGCACUGCUGAACAGCAAUUGCCUGAAAUUGAUGAAGAGGUCGAAAAGCAAUUGCAUUCCGAAUUGAUGGCAAGUAAUCCCCAGACCGGUUCACCGAGUCGCCAACCGCCUGAACCUAUAGUUCUUCCUAAAGAAACUUUUGUUCCACAGCUACCGAAGGUCUCAUUAUCGGACUCCAGAAACCAAUUGAAGGUCAAAAUCAAGGGACCAUUUUUGGAUGCAAAUUAUUCAGCGAGCUGUUCGCAGCCGGUGGCACCACCGCCGCCUGCGCCCAUAAAUGAUCCAAGCACUAGUAUGAACAACACACCCAACGCCGCGGCCGUCGCGGCGGCUUCCAACAUCAUGUCCGGGUCCACUAACCUGCGACGCAUGCGCAAGAAGGAGUUGCUGCGUCAGUACUGGACCCAGGACAUGAAUAUGGACGAACCGUCCAAUAACAUGUCCGUCGGCCCAGUACCACCACCUGCUGUUCAACCACAAAUAAACCGAACAGUCAUUACCAUUCCUAAAGCAGUCGCGUCUAUGACUAGUAUUCCGACUCGAGAGGACUAUAAGAACGACAGCCCAGUGGAAAAGAAGACUAAACGUAAAACUACGAGCGGUCUGUCGAGAGAAUUGAGACAUCUGGAAGUGAGCAUGAAUGAUGAUAUUGACCCAUCAGACGAUGUAAAACUAUCCACAAUAGCCGGCUCGUCGGGUCCACCUGCACACAAGCGUCGUGCACGCGCGUCAGCUAGCAAACCAACGCGACCGGUCGCCCCUGCUGAACCAGUUGCGCCGAAACUGAAGAUUAAGAUUGGCUCCAACACUGUGCAACAGGUCCCAGCUUCUAACACUGUAACUAGUGAGGAGCCAGGAGGCUCAACUAUCUAUCGCCCUCCCAAAAAGCGACACUUGGCUCACAAACCUAGCUUGGAAGACCUUAAACGGGAAAGCAUGAAGUAUCGUAAGAUGGUAAUGGCUGAUUUUGAAGAAGAUGAAAAGACUGCUAAAACCAAGCCGAAAAGUGAUAAAAGUGAGAAACGUAAAAGGAAAAAGGACAAAAAAGUGGAAAAACUGCAAGUGGUAAACAGUGAAAGUGAUAGUGCAAAGUUGGUAAUAAAAAUAAAGCGUGCUAAGGAGGAGGAGGCAGGCGGAGCUCGCGCGGGUUCGCAGUCGACGAGCGCGGCGGCUGAAGGCGCGGCGCCGGAGCCCGCCAUCGACCCCUUCGAGUACGACCCGUCGGCGCCCGACCCGCUCGCCAUCGACCCGCCCUCCUACUCCGAGGCCACGUCUGCCAUGCGCAAGGUGCGCACGGACAAAGUGACGCCAAUCCGGUUAAAACUGGCGCGCAGCUCCGAGGGCUCUGGUUACGUGAUGAAGGAGCCGGUGGAGGGCGCGGACUCGCGGUCCGCGCUGCCCGUCAACAACAAUAAACAUUGUGAAGUGAGGUGAUAUAAGCCGCGCGCUGCCCGAAGUGUCAAGCGUAACAAGGACAAACAUAAGGACAAAAAACAUCGUAAGACCGUACAUUUUAAGCUUAAGAGUAAAAAUCGUGGAAGAAAGGCUAAAAAUAAAAAGAAGUAAGGGCAAGGACUAAGUGAACUAUGUUACAAUAGAACAAGUAUAAAAUCUCCUGUAUAGUUAAACUAAAUACUGAUAUUGUCUGUAUAUUUUUACAACAGUUUUAUCUCUAUCAUGGUGUAGUUUAUUAUUACAUAUUAUUAUAUUAUUUAUUUGUAUAAACGGAAAGCUCAAUGAUUAACUUAAAGUUAUUCUAAGGUAUAUAAUAUUGUGCAUCAUGCUGUGCACAAGUAAAUCUUAUUAUAGUAUAGCAUAUAUAUUUUUGUUAAUGUUACUGUUUUACUUUGUGCCUCAUAUGGAAUCUCAUUAAUUUUCAUGAAUUAAUUGUGUAAUUUUUGAAAAUAAGUUAUGUAUUUAAUUAUAAACAUUUCACAAUCAUCACAUACAUUCAUUAGCGUAUCCAUAGCAAUUACACAAUACAGCAAUCAAUAUGUACAUCCAAAUUUCAGUAUUCCGGUUCUAGUGCAGUGAACUUCAUUGCGCUUCUCUGUCUGAGAGUCAAUACUGUAGGAGUUCUGGCCAGGUUGUAGGUGAACAUUAUAGAGCCAGACUUCUUCCAAUGUACAGAGAGAAACGAUUCUCAGGCAACUUAAUGGUUGUUAAACAAAGUUGUUGGUAGACACAAUUGUCGGCAAAAUUACACGAAACUAAUCAAAUUAUGGUUCACAUUUAACCAAAGAUUGACUACAAAUGUUACUGCACGCAAAUAUGGGCAUUAAUUCUGAUAAUUUAUAAAUUUCUCAUGAUUCUUCCAACACUUUAAGGAACUUACCGAACCCAAACUACAAUAUACACACCUGCUUACAUUGAUCUCUGUUCUGCUGAUUUUACGAGUAGUCACAAACCUUAGGCAGUAAAAAGUACAAGUAAAAUAUGAAAUAAAAAUAACCUGAGAGUAAAAUAAGCAGAACGUGAGACAAAUAAGUAAAUGAGAGCUGUGUGCCAUUAAAAUGACAAUAUCUGUGUAACGUUCUAAUGCCAUCUGAUGUUAGCGCUGUUCUUAUUGAUGUAGAAUAAUAUUGUACACAAAUCUGAGAUGAGCUAAUGAAGUCAAAUGUUGUAAUUUACUGACAGUGGCCCGUCACAUCGACCACGCACUCACCAUGGUACAACAGUUUACCGUAUUAUUCAGAAACCGUUUAUAAACCUAUUUAACUAGUGUACUAUCUUCAUUUUCAUCAUUCAAAGUCAAUUACUAAGAUUUUACCUUAGUGAAACAGGUUUAUACAUAGUAUACGAAAAUGUUAUUUUUUGUUCAAAUAAAUGUACUCAUAGAAUCAAUUUAUGAACGCAUAUUGCGUAGACAAAUAUAGUUGUGUUUUUGUUUGCGCAUUUUCUAGGUGUUCAUUGUUGUUAGUAAGAAAAAGUGCAAUCGAAAAGGCAACAUGUUGAAGGGCUGUUCACUAACAUGGUGUACAUACAUACAUACAUAACUUCACGCCUGUCUCCCAUGGGGGUAG